AUGGCAUCAGAUGGUACAGUUCCUGAAGCUUCCGGUCGUACAGUGAAAAUAGCAUGUGAACAGCUACGCAUCAAACUCAAAGAUUGUAUAAAGCAGUCGGACUGUGUGCAAAAGUUUCAUAGGCGUGCGGCGGACUGCGUACAAGCGAGAGAUGGUACCGUCCCAAAAUUGUGUUAUGAUCUCAUGGAAUCUUUUAGCGCUUGUAAAAGAUCAAUGAUUAAGCAGCGUUUGAGAGAAGUUUUCAUUUCUGUUGUCUUAAACCAUGUCAUCGAUGACUGCCCUUUUCAUAGUUUCACUUUAAAAGCAGAAAGGAAGACGGAGGUGGAGAGGCGGUUAAUUCUUGAUAGGUAA